AUGGGCCCACACUACAUUGGCGACGAAUCUUGGGCUGCUGAGAUGGCCUAUAGUUUCUUGAAAUCAUGUCCCUUAAAGGUUGCUGAAGGAGCACCGAAUGCCAUGACCCGUGUCAUGUACCAGAGCAAGAACAUAUCCAAAGGCACAUGCGAGCUUUGGCAGUCGUUCUGGCUGCUACACAGCAUCUGA